UCCCUCCGAGUACAUUCCUGCAUUCCUACACGCUGUACACUGUCUCACGUGUCUCUGGCGCUCUGCUGAUGACGUCACUAGAGCGGAAGUCAGGUUUGAAGCUGUGGCGGGUGAGCAGUGCUGGAAUCUCUAGAGUUCAUGGAGCUGGCAGAGACCUUGUCACCAGCCUGCGGGGCGGGCAGUGUCCUUACAGGUGUCACAGCUUAUGUGGAAGUGUGGUCAUCAAGCAGAACAGAAAAUUACUCCCAAUCUUUUACUGAGCAGCUCCUUAACUUGGGUGCAAAGGUUACAAAGCGACUAAACAAACAAGUUACCCAUGUUGUUUUUAAAGAUGGCAGUGAGAGUACAUGGGACAAAGCAGUUAAAAGUGGAGUCAAACUGGUGUCUGUCCUUUGGGUUGAUAAGUGUAGAGAAGCGGCUUCUCAUAUUGACGAAUCCUUAUUUCCAGCACUAAAUCCGAAUGAAGGUUUGCCACAUAUUAUGAAAAGGAAACGGAAGUGUAUGCAGCCCAAGGACUUGGUUAUAAAAACGCCUGAAAAUGACCGUCGUCUUGCAAGAAAAUUUGACAAAAUGCUGAAGGAGCUUGAAGUGAAAAAGGCAUCUCUUGAUGUCUCCACUUUGUCUUUUGAUAAUGAAGGCUUAUUAUAUAGCCCAGUGGCCGUUAUUGCAGAUCGGUGUAAUGCAAUGGAAAGAAGAUUACAAGAAAUGAAAAAAGGAAGGCAAAAUUUGUCUCCAACAGAUUCCCAGAUGUCACAGACAGUAUUUGACUUUUCAAGCCCUAAGCUGUCACCUGGAAAUUCUCCUUCAAUCUCGAAUGAUGCUUCACAUGAAAAUUAUGGCAAUAAUCUUGACACUAGCUUUGAUGAACUGUUUGGAAGUCUGGAAAAUAUACAUCGGGUUCCUUCUAACUUUAAAAACCAAGAAACAAAUAAUGUACAAGAAGAAACAAAUUUACACUUGGAUUGCAUUAACUUGUUUCCUCUUGAAGCUCAGACAUCAACAUCCAGUGUUGGAGCAGUAAAAAAACGCAACUCUGGUUCGUGCAAUCAAAGCAGAGGUCGAAAAUCUCAGGUAAAAUUGAAAGUGACUGAUGAUAAUGCAAGUGGUGUAUUUUGCGAAACGCCAACUAGAAAGAAGAAAGCUCCAGCUUUGGACCAUAUAUUAAUUAAAGAAUCUCGAAUAUCAAACUCUGACUGUAAAGGUCAAUGUACUGUAAGCCCAUACACUGAAAGUAAAGGUUGGAAAACUUACAGCCCCAAAGCAGCUGACAAAAAAACCAAGGAUUAUGAAACUGAUGCUUUUUGUAUGUCAAAUCAUAAAAAGUCUGAAACUUCUAGUUUAGAUACUUUGCCUACGGCAAACAGGCUUUCUGAAAUUAGCAAAUCUAAAGUCCAAACUAGGAGGUCAAAUUGCCUUAAUCUAAAAUCUGAAGUUUUAUCUACUAAAAAAAAUAUAAUUAAGGAUCUAUCCAAAUCAAACCUGUCUCCAUUGAAUGCUGACCCUGUGGCCAGAGUUUCUGAGUAUGAUGAUUUCUUUAGUUCGGAAAACCCGAAAAGCAAUCGGAACAAUUUUGGACGAUUUUCGUUGACUUUAAAGCCUCAAAAGUCACCCAGUCCUCCUCCAAUGGCUUCAAACAAAAAGGGCUCUAGCAAAAGGAGAAGAUCAACGGAUUUGGUUUCGCUGGAAAAAUUGCAGGCAAAAAAACAUAAGACUAUAAAUGCUUUUAAUCAUUCUAAUUCAAGCCCAAUACAAAGUACUGUUCAGGAAGCAUCUAAUUUUCCCAUAGUCCCUGAGAAAAAGGAUGACCGUUCUCCAAAAAGUUUAAUAAUGAAUGCAGUGGAAUCUCCCUCACAAAAGAGGGAAAUAAGUGCAAAAAAAAAAUUCCAAACAAAUGGUAAUAUGGAUUAUGAGUCAAGUCCCUCAAAUGAACUGAAAAAAGAUACAGAUGUUGCACCAUCCAAUGGAAUAAAGGAGGAAGAUGUUUUUAAGGAAGGUUUAAAUUUAGAAAAUGGUCUUGCCCUUGAAGAACAUGAAAAGCUGAAGACCAAUUUACAACCAAAUGCAGAAAGUAGAACUUCAGGCUCUGAAGCAAUAGCUGGUCUGUCUGAAAUGUUUAAUGAACAAAGAAAUAAAUGCACAGAGGAAUCAAGGAAAACAGAGAAAAGCAGAAAGGUUACACGAUCAUUGGUUAUGACAAGCAUGAGCACUGAGAAACAGAACACUGUAAUACAAGUUGUAAAAACGCUUGGAGGUUUCAUCUUUUCAGACAAUGUUUGUGAAAGUACAUCACAUGUCGUUUCUGGAAGUGCACGGCGUACCCUGAAUAUCAUUUUAGGAAUUGCAAGAGGUUGCUGGAUUCUAUCAUAUGAUUGGAUUCUCUGGUCUUUGGAACGCAGGCAGUGGAUUCCUGAAGAGCCAUAUGAACUUUCAGAACAUUUCCCAGGAGCUCCAAUUUGCCGAUUACAACGCCAUCUAUCAGGAGGAGAAUAUUAUCAGGAUUUCUUGUCCAACAUGCCACCUCUGUUUAUAUCCCCAAGCAGUGAUCCUCCAAGUGACAAGCUCUCUGAAGUAGUGCAGCUUUGUGGAGGAAAAGUGUGCAAAACACUGCGCCAGGCCAAGAUCUGUAUUGGAGUAUUUAUGGGGAAAAAGCCAGCAGACAUGAUUAGUGUCUCUGAAAAAUGGCUCUUUGAUUCUAUAACUCAACACAAGCUACAUCCUCCAGAAAACUAUGUGUUGCAAAGUGAGAUUUCCAGUGUGCUAUAACCAUCAUCUAGGGGCACUUCAGGAUAACAUUAUGGAACAUAAACUGUGACUACAAGAACAUGCUGCUUCGAUAACAUGAAAUUAAAGAUUAUGAUUAUUUUUACAUUUGUUCUGUUUUCAUGUUUUUUUUACCGGUUGCAGUUUAGAAUAACUUUUCAAAUAAAUGUACAUUGUUUGAAUAUUUUUUUACCAAUAAAAUACAUACACUGGGGAGACUAUUCCCAUAUUUUAUGA